AUGGCUGAAGUUGCGCUCGCCAAUGGACACGCCCACGGCCUCAACGGCCAUGCUGACUUCCAGAUGGCUGACCCUUCCCCAGCCUCUGGUGCAUCCAGUUUACGUUUCAGCAGCGGCCUCAUCCUUCCCCCACCUGACAUAAAGGCCGUCAUCGACCGAACAGCUACCUACGUUGCUCGUUCCGCUAACCCGCCGCAAUUCGAAGAGAGGGUACGAGAGGGACAACGUGCCGACCCGAAAUUCUCUUUCCUCAACCCCGCCGAUCCAUACCAUGCGUACUAUCGGGACAGAAUGGACAAGGUUGCGCGGGGUGAAGUUGAUGACGAGUCCGCCCCAAAAGAAAAGGGCGCAGAGGUGACUGAAGCCCGUGAACCUGUUGAUAUCGGAGUCGAACCUCCUCCUCCAGAAUUUAUCCUCGAUCUACCAAACAUCAGCCCAAUUGACUUGGAUAUCAUGAAGCUCACAGCUCUGUUUACUGCUCGUCGUGGCCGAAGCUUCUUGGCCACCCUUUCUUCGCGUGAAGGUCGCAACUAUCAGUUCGAUUUCUUGCGCCCAACACAUUCUUUGUUUGGCUACUUUAAUCGGUUGGUGGAGCAGUAUACCAAAGUCAUCCAGCCUAAUAAGGAGAUGCUGGAACAGCUAAAAGAGCGCACGAAAGAAGGAGCGAAAUGGAAAAUGCUCGAGACCGCUCGCCAACACGCCAAAUGGGAGAAAAACAAGCGCGAAAAGGAGCAAAAGAGGUAUGAUGACCAAGAGGCGGAAAAACGUGCCUUUGCUGAGAUUGACUGGCAUGAUUAUGCCAUUGUGCAAACCAUCGAAUUUACAGCCGUGGAUGCCAACUCCGAACUUCCUCCUCCUAUGAGCGUGCAGGAGGUUGAAAAUAUGACGUUGGCUCAGAAGCGCAUGGCUGCAAUGAUUAUGGAAACAACAGCCGACGACAUCGAAGCGCAUCGUUCACGCCAGGCUGCCGCCGAGGCCGAGGCUGCGGCUGCUGUCGGAGGCGCUGGAGCUGGAGAUGAAGAAGAUGCUGAGAUGGAACAGAGUGACGAUGAGGAAGAGGUUGCGAACAAGCAGAAGAAGGAACGCGAAGACAUUCAAAGAGCUAUCGCUCAAGCUCAAGCUUUGCAAGCCAAUGCAAUGAAUCCUGCCGGUCCUAUGAAGAUCAGGACGGAUUAUGUACCCAAACUCGGAGAGAAGAAGAGCAAGGUUGCAAUGACUACAUGUACAAUUUGUGGUCAACAAAUCCCUGUCGACGAGCUCCAGGAGCAUAUGCGUAUCGAGCUGCUAGAUCCCAAAUGGAAGGAGCAGCGAGACAAUCUCGAAGCUCGCAAAGCCCAAGCAUCAGAAUUACAGAGGGGUGCCAAUGUCGUGGCCUCUUUGCAAGGCCUGGCGCGUACUCGUGUGGAUAUUUUCGGAACAGAGACAGACGAGGAACGAAGGAAGCGCGAGGAGGCUGCGGAGAGGGAGAAGCGCAAGGAAAGGGAAAAGGUUGUUUGGGAUGGUCAUACUGCCAGCAAAGCCAACACCCUGGACAAGUUCUCCAGGAAUGUCAAUACCGACGAGCAGAUUGCCGCCAUUCAUCGUGCAAAGGGUCUUGGACCACAAGAAGCAAAUGCCAUUGGUCCUGGAAUUGGCCCAGCUGCUGUCCCUCCUCCUUUGACUUCUCUCCCUCCUGCUCCUGCAUCACUCCCAGCGCCUCCUACAAAUUCAGGAGCGUAUUCUGCUGCCACUAUCUCCUCAGGACCACAGCCUGCCUCGAUGUACAGUGCACAACCACCUGUCAUGCUUCCACCUUUACACUACCAGGGUAUGGACUCUGCUCAGCCAUUUGGCUAUCAGCCUGCACCUCCAGUUGCACCUGGCAUGCACCCAACCCGUAUGGCGGCGCUUGCUGCGGCUAACAGCGUCAUCCAGAGCGUUCAGGCCGGAAUGGUACGGUCUGCUGAUGAAAUGGAAGGUGGAAACCCCGACGAAAUACCCCCUGCCAAAAGGCAGCGCGUCGCCAAGCUUCCUGGCGGUGCUCUUUAUCCUGAAGAAGACUGGAUCUCAAUGCACCCGCAUCCUAUUUCUCUUCAAGUACAGAUGCCUAAUGACCCAUCAAAGCCCGAAUGGAAAUUGCAAGGCCAGGUCGUCACAAUCCCCGAUUUACCCCUCAACCUCCUUGUGUCGACAUUACGAGACCGUAUCUUGCAGCACACGGGCAGCACCGUACCAGCAUCCCGAAUCCGUCUGUCCUACAUGGGCAAAAUGCUGACCAACUCAACGUCAAUCGCCUACUCCAAUCUGGAGGACGAAGACAUGCUGGUCUUCAGCGUUCGGGAUGCCAAGAAAAAGUAA